AUGGGCAUAAUUGAAUCAUUUUUCAAUGAUUUUCAGGAUCAGGAGAGAAACUUAGAAAAAGAAGACCUGGAAGAAGUUCGCUCUAGCGAUCUUAAUGACGUUUGUGUCACAGAGGAGGAAAGCCAGAAUGUGACUGAAGAGCCAAGCGACACCGAAGACCAGAAAAAGAUAGAAGAAAUGGAAAUUUUACUUGAACAAGAAAGAAGUCUUUUCGAGGAGAGGAAGGAGCAGAUGGAAAAAGAAAUUGAGCGCCUCUCCAUUGAGAUCAACGUCAUCCAGAAAGAAAGAGAGAAAGAGAGUGAGCGCCUCUCCAUUGAGAUCAACGUCAUCCAGAAAGACAGAGAGGCAGAGACUAAAAGAUGGACUGAAGAAACCAGUGAUCUAAAGAAAAUAAACGACCAGCAGAGAGCAGAGAUUGUCCGCCUCAAUAAUGAGAUUGAAAGCAUCCAGGCAAAUAGGAAGGCAGUGAUUAAAAAGUCGACAAAAACUAUCAACAAUCUCCGGCAGACGAACCAGCAGCUGAAAGAAGAGGCUGGCCUUGUUCUUGAUGAUUAUGAAGCCCUCCAGAAAGAGAAGGAGGCAGAGAAAGAAGAGGCAAAUAAAGCCAUCGCUGAUCUCCGCGAGAUGAAUGACCAGCUGCAGAUGAAAAUGAAGAGCAAUAAUGAACUGGAAAAAUCAGUCUGCCUUCUGAAAGAGGAUCUCAAAAGGGCCAGUGAACAAAACCGAGCACAGAUGGAAAAGGAAACCAAACUAAUCAGGGAGAAUGAAGCCUUGGAAAAAAAGAAUGCUGAACAAAGGCAAAAUAUUAAAGAUAUGUCAGAGGAAAGACAAAGACUGAAAAGUGAAUUAGAGGUGGCUCACGUCAAUGACUUGGUAAGGGGAGGAAGGUACAAGGCUCUAGCUAGCGAGCUAGAGGGAUUUAAGAAUAAGGUCACUUUACUCGAGUUUGAGUUAGCUAGAGCCAUGGAAGAGAAUGAUACCUUAAAGGAAGACCUGUCUCGUUUAACUGAGGUAAAGGAUCAUCCUGAAGAAACGGGAGAACAAGUCGUAGUUGAAGAACUAAAUGAUCAAGUGAAAAUUCAGGAUUCAGAAGAACUAAUAGAAAAAGAAGUGGUAGUAUGCAAAGGUCGACCUGCAAAUAAGUUGGAGAAGACAACUGAAAAACAAUGCCCAGAAAGAGACCAAAAUAAUGCAGAUGUAAAGGAGAAAGACGCUUGCGCUCCUCAAAAUGUGGGUGAGUCCCAUAGGCCCCAAAAAGACGCUUCUCCAAAGAGAGAGAAAACUCGGCGCAAACUAAUCGUAUUUGACCUAGAGCCCGAUUCACCCAAGAUGGACAGGAGUCCAUACUCGGGACUUGCAACACACACAGAUGGGCUCUCUCUCUCAAGAUGGGACAACUCUAUAAUAUUCAAUGGGGAACUAGUCCCAUUUACAUACCAAAAGGAAGGAUUCGUGAUCAUCAAACUGGGCGUCCCAAGGAAAUUCCACAGGGCCAUCAACGGAGUCCAGGGAAGGACUCUGAUAGAGUUCACUGAAAAGAGUGGUGGUGCACUCAUACAGCUGCCCUCACGGUCUGACACAUCAGAUCUUAUCAGUGUCAGUGGUACUGUCCAGCAAGUUCAGCUAGCAGCUGGUCAUAUUGAAAAGUUGAUCGGGAAAUUCUGCUGA